AUGAAUAACAAGGAGAUUAGGAUUAGUGCAUUACUAGUGCUAGACACGGUUUUUUUCCUUCUUGAGGUAAUUAUAGGAUAUACUGUGCAAUCCUUAGCUUUAAUUGCCGACUCGUUCCAUAUGUUGAAUGAUAUAAUAUCGUUGAUCAUUGCCCUUUGGGCCGUUCGUAUGAAGAAUUCGAAACCAGCAGAUGGGAAAUACACUUAUGGGUGGCAAAGAGCUGAGAUAUUGGGCGCCUUGAUAAAUGCAGUUUUUUUGAUUGCUUUAUGUUUUACCAUUAUUAUCGAUGCUAUACUGAGAUUUUUUCAACCUCAAGUGAUUACCAAUCCCAAAUUGAUCUUGGUUGUGGGUAUAGCUGGAUUAUUGAGCAAUGGCGUUGGAUUGGUGUUGUUUCACGAACACGGGCACUCACACUCUCAUGGCGGUGGCGGUCAUAGUCAUCAUGGCGCCAGCGACAUUGACAGUACUAGCCACUCGCAAGCCCAUUCCCACUCUCACUCGCAUGCUACAUCGCCACAUGGUGAUGAUGAGGAAAGUUCCCUAGGAUUUGGUGAAACCACUCCUUUGAUAAGUUCAGUAAAUCGCACUUUCAAGUCAACUCCAUCUCAGGUGUUUGACUAUUUCCCAGAUAACGUUGUUGAGAGGUAUGUUUCGGCCACAGUUGACAAUGAUAAUGAUGUUGCAUCGGUAGAUAUUAAGUCAAGCAAUCAUUCUUCCAAUCAACAUGAUCACCUUGAUGAUAGCGAGCACGCAGAGGAACUCAAAGCAAAGAAAACUAAAAGAAAAUCAAUGAAUAUGGAAGGUGUGUUUUUGCAUGUAUUGGGGGAUGCUUUGGGUAAUGUUGGAGUCAUUAUUACUGCAUUGAUAAUUUGGAAAACUGAUUAUUCAUGGAGAUUUCAUGCUGAUCCGUUGACCUCGUUAAUUAUAACAUUUAUCAUUUUCAAUAGUGCAUUACCAUUAUGUCGUAAAUCGUCCAAGAUCUUGUUGCAAGCCACACCGCCCUAUAUCAAUUCAGACCAAAUUGUUAAAAAGAUACUCAAAUUAAAAUUAGUUGAAAAUGUCCAUGAUUUCCAUGUUUGGAAUCUCAAUGAGGAUAUAUUGAUUGCAUCAUUGCAUAUUGAGUUAGCACCCAGUUGUGAAGUUAGCUUGCCUGCGCUUGCCAUUACUACCACUACUGAUUCGGAGACGCAUAAUCAAAGUGGUACAUCAAAAACUCAUGAUAACAUAAACGAAACCGAAGGAGCUAAUACUUUACAAAUCAAUAGAAAAUUGUUCCUUACUGUGGUGUCCCAAGUUCGUGAUGUUUUACAUAAAUAUGGAAUUCAUUCGGUGACAAUUCAGCCGGAAUUUCCAAGUACAAAAUUGCAAAAAACCGAUAACAAUAAAGGAUUAGCUUCAAGCUCCAAUAAUAGUAACAACAGCAGCAGCAACAACAACGGCAACAACAACAACAAUAGUAAUAAUAAUAAUAACAACAACAAUAAUAAUAGUAAUAGUAAUAAUAGUAAUACCAAUAACGGUUACAACAAAAACGUGUUUGGAAGUACAUCUAGACAAACUUGUUUGAUUGAUGAUUUAACAAAUUGUGAUUCUCAGUCAUGUCAUUAA